UUCACGUACAUUUUUCCGCACAAUUUCUCUUCUCUGUGAAUAGUACCAAACAGUCGACAGCGAAAACUGCGUUACUGUGAUCGCUUCAUUCAUAAUACCGGAGAAAGCAUCCUCUUUCAGGGCGGAGAGUUGAAGAUAACGAGGCAAAAUGGCCAAACGAAGAAUCACACAGGAGACCUUUGAUGCUGCUGUCAGGGAAAACAUGGAGGAGUUUGAGAUGGACCCAGACGAGGCUUUGAGGGAGGCUGUGGAGCAGUUUGAGUCUCAAGGUGUGGACCUCAGUUGCAUAGUGAAAGCUGUCCCAACAUUAUCAUCGGCUGACAGUCAAGAAGAGCAGACACACAAGGUCCUACAGGCUUUGGAGUCCCUCCGAAUUGGAAGAAACUCUGCUGGUGUGACAGCUGACCUAAAAAGCUUCACUGAGCAGUGCUCACUGGGAUUCGCCCAGCGGUACCUCGCUGCCCAGAAAGACGCCUACCCCGUCAUCCUGUCCUACUGCAAAAAGAGCACGGAGGAGCAGGGAGCAGCAUUAGCUGCGCUGUCUGCUCUGGCCGCGCUGACGGAUGGACAGCCAGACUUGCUGGAUGCAGAGGGCCGGCAGUUCCUAUUGGAUGUCCUUAAGAAGUACCAGGCAGAGUCUUCUGUUACACGGGUCGCCAUCAGUGCCGUGCGGCACUGCUGUUUAAAGCACGAACAGAACAGGCAGGAUUUUGUUAAAGGUGGCGUCCUGCCGCUGCUCACUGUUGCCAUCACACAGCACGGUGAAUGUGUGGAGAUGGUUAAGGAGGCCUGCGCAACUCUCCGAGUCAUGACCUUUGAUGAUGACGUGCGGGUUACGUUUGGGCACGCUCAUGAACACGCUAAGAGUAUUGUUCUUGAACACAGCGGACUGAAGGUGUUGAUUGAGGCUGCCAAAGAUCACCUUGGCAACACUUCUGUUUUGAGUGAGCUGUGUGCGACUUUAUCUCGUCUGGCUGUACGGAAUGAGUUCUGUCAAGACAUCUGUGAUAUGGGUGGAUUAAAACUCAUGAUGACUUUGCUCGCAGACAGCUAUGAGUCAGCGGAGCUGGUUCGGCAGGUCCUUAGCGCGAUCCGAGCCAUAGCAGGAAAUGAUGACGUGAAAGACGCUGUUGUUAAUGCCGGUGGAGUUCAGCUCAUUGUCAUCGCCAUGAACAGGCACAUGAGCAACUCUGCUGUGUGCGAGCAGGCUUGUGCAUGCCUCUCUGUCCUUGCUCUACGUAAACCCAACAACUGCACGGCCAUCAUGGAGAAUGGAGGUGCCUUGGCUGCCCUGCAGGCUAUGAAGACUCAUACCGAUGUGGUGAACGUGCAGAAACAAGGGUGUAUGGUGCUCAGAAAUCUGGUCGCACGAAUGAGUAACUUCAGCCAGCCAAUCUUGGAGAUGGGAGCAGAAGCGCUGAUAGCCCAGGCGCUGCAGAACCAUCAAGACUGCGGUGAUGUAGGCAAAGCGGCCCUGAGAGAUCUGGGAUGUCAGGUGGAGCUUCGGGAGCUGUGGACCGGCAAACAUGGCAGCCUUACCAACUGAAAGUGGAGCACAGCACCACUGCAGAAGGUUCGCAAGGAAUGUUCAACACACCUUGCAAGGAUGGGGUGGGGGUUUAAUAGCAGACAUUCAGUCCCGCCCACUGUGAUUUCAUUUCCCGGCAGAGGUUUAGGUGAGGCUUAACCAUCAACUGCCAUUGCAUGCAGCCACAUGAUGAAGGAGAGACGCUGGUGAUGUCAGUCUUCCUUCCAUAUUCGUAAGAAAAAAUAAAAUAGCUUGUUAGUUAGCUACUUAACCACUAAAGUACAACAAUCAAUAGCCAUAGACAGUAUAAAAGAUGGCUGUCGCUACCGUGAUGUCACUCAGUGAUUUGUGAAGCCCUGUUUUGAUGCCUCAAGCUGAGAGUUUUUGCCAUCACCAUCUUGAUGUUUUGAAAUCAGAUGUGAUGAGUGAGGGAGGGAACUGUGACAGCACGUGCUUACUGGCAAUCAAUCACAGUUGUUUAGCUAAUGAGAUUAUCUUGAAUAAUCUUCGUUUCUGACACUUAAGAUGACCAAAAUUUACAAAAUAGACUGAGUUUUUUAUUCAGUAUGUCCCAAAAUAUGUGACAGAGCCCAUAAAAUCAUCAGUUUAUGGUUUACAAAAGUCAAGAUUGUUGUUCUUUUUCCCUUUUCGACUUCUAUAGGACUAUGGGAUAGUAUUUUUGUAGGCACAGAUGAUGCCUUAUGGUGUCCAUUAAAAUUAAUCCAGGUUUAAGAUACCAUGUUUGAUACUUUGUUAGUAGUACUGAUAGCCAGUAGCCUAGCUAGCUGAAGUAAGACAAAAAACAUUUGAAAGCAUAUGAAGAAAAGCCUUCAGCUUUAGUUUCACAUCUGGUUGAAAACAUGUGGUCAUUAAAUGCAUGAAGAGGGACAAAGAAGGGUGUGCUUUAGGGUGUGGCAGGCUUGUAAAUGAGAAAGUGCCCUGACCCUUGUUAUCUCGGUGAGUCCACCCCUCUCUUGUCUUGUCAGGUUUGAAAAUACAAAGAUAGUGAGACUCGAGGCUUCAAGAUGAUUUUUUUUAACCAGCAAUUUAAUUUGUUGUAUUUCAACAAAAAGUUACAACAACCUGUGGCCCUAGGGUUUUCUUUGAGGUCUGUAAACACAGCAGAUGUAAAUGGGUUUAAUCUUACCCACAAUCUAUCCCUGUUUUAGUGGUAGCCCAGCUAAAAUCUGCCCACAUUUCACAUUUGAACCAACAACAUUGGCCCUGUUCUACUUGCCACAAACACUUAAAUAUGUCUCCCUGAGUGCAAUUUUGGCUAAAAUGUAAUCCUGUCAUGUUUAUAUCUAACAUAUAAACAUAGUAGAAGCAAAUACUCUUAGUGAGGCAUAUUUGCACAGUACAUUUGCUGAAAAGCAUUUCAGACAGUGUGAAUCAACACACGACCAGUCACGAUGCUUUUGCAAGAUUUGAAAGUGUUUUCCAGUAUAAAUAAGUACAAAAAGGCCUUUGUAGUGCUGUUGUAUGCGUUUUUAUUAUUUAUGUAAAACGUUUUUUUUUAAGUGUUUUUGUAAAAUGUUGUAUGAGUGCAUUUGCUGCUAUGCAACUGCUCUGUAAGUGGUGACUUAUUUCCUGUGUUGGCAGGGCCAAAUUGUACAUGUUUUGAAUGCCUUACACAUGCUUUACUUUUAGUUUGUAAAUUUGUCAUUAAAGUUUAACACAGUA